AUGGAAACGUACUACGGUGUGGUGCGGUCACCCGCUGACGCCAUCAAACUCUUCGAAGCAUGCAGGCUCGGCCUUCUUCCGCGGGUCCAGAGGAGGUUAUCAGAAAAGGAGCGGCAAGCUAUUCGGUCCGGAUCCGUCUUUGUUUGGGAUGAACGGGAAGCCGGCAUGCGGCGGUGGACAGACGGCAAGUCAUGGAGCGCCAGCCGUGUCGCUGGGAGCUUUCUCACGUACCGGGAAAUGGAAGGCAAGAGGGGGAACGCCUUUGGCGGUGGGAGGAGGGCCGCCGGGAAGACACCAGACUCUGGCAGAGGAGCGACGAUGACCACGACGACUGGGAACCGGAUGUACUGUGAUCCGUCGCUCAGGCAUAUCGUUCCGGCAAAAGGCAUGUACCCCGAAUCAAGCCUCGCCGAGACCACGCCGCCAGCACCGGCGAGGGCGCCUCUGCCCCAGCCAUCCUACAUGCCGCACCACCAUCAACCGCCUCCCCACCAUGGCUACCCUCCACAGUACCCGCAUCCGGGCUACGCAUGGCCGCCUUCGCCCGUCGGGACACCGCCUUAUAGCCAUGGCCAGUAUCCAUAUUCACAAGGCCCGCCACCUGCAGCGUCACACGCGUAUUCCCCGCACCCACAUUCUCACCCCUCUUAUGCGCCCGCCGAGCCAACUUCUGCGCACGAACGGACGACGCUACCCCCGCCGCAUGCGCACUCGUACGCGCACCCACACCCACACGCGCAACAUCCUCCACAUACGCAACCACACCCAGAACCGCAACACCAACAUCACGCGCAGCACCCACAGCCAAACCAACAUCAACACCAACAACCCCAUCCACAACUCCCCGCGUUGGUUCCUCCUAGGAUAGGGAUGCCAACCGCACAGUCAUACCCGCAAAACCAAACCCACUCACCCCAAGCCCCCCAACCUCGCCUCUCAAUGCUCGAAUCACCACGAUCACAACAUCUCCAAGCCAAAGCCAGAGAAGCCGUCCAGAUCGAGCCGCGGCUCGCCCCCAUCGACGCAGCGCGCAACCAGCACAGCCCACUCCCCGCCCCAGGUCAGCUUGCCCACCAACAACAACAACAACAACAACAACAACAACAACAACAACAACCACCCCAACCAAACGGAACCGGCGCCCCCACAAGCGCCACCGCCACAACCCCCUCCUCCUCUUCAUCAUCCUCCUCCUCCCUCCCCUACGCCGCUGCCGCCGCCACCGCGAGCCCCACCAUCCGCGCACCCUCGGACUCGCCGCCCCGCAGCGCCAUCUCGGACGGCGUUAACGGCGUCAACGGCACCCCGACCGGCGCCAGCACCCGCCCCACGCUCUCCGCGCUUCUGCACCCUUCGUCUGUGCCCCUGCCGUCGGCGGCGGGGUCGGAGCCGAGUAGUGCUAAUCCGGUUAGUGCGGUGAGUGCGGUUAGUGCGGUUAGUGCGGUGAGUGGUGGUGGUGUUAGUAGUGCGGGGAGUUCGCCUUCUGGCGGUGCCGUGUCGAUGCCGGCGUCGGGGUCGGCGGCGAGGGAUUUGCGUUCGCAGGGUGAGGAUGCGAGGGCGAUUGGGGUGUUGAAUAAGAAUUUCUUUUAG